AUGGCAGUCCGAACCUUUACUUCACCAUCAUCCCUUGACGCCUGCUUGGCCAAACCCCAACCUCCAACCUCAGUCCCUAUCACAAUGUCGGCCACAGAGGUAAAUGGCCAGCAGUAUAGCUCCGUCCGCUCGGAAGCCUCUGCCAGGGACAGCCAACAAUCCUUUCCUUCUGAAGCACGGGAACCCCUCGCAUCACAUACAAACCCAGAUUCCAAGCCAGGGAUCACCUUUGCAUCACAGGACAAACUACCAAAACUUCCCAUUCCAGACCUUGAUGCCUCAUGCACCAAGUAUCUUGCGGCACUGAAGCCCUUGCAGACCCCCAAGGAGCACAGCGAGACCGUCUGCGCCAUCCAGGAGUUCCUCAAGCAUGACGGCCACGCCUUGCAGGACAAGCUCAAGAAGUAUGCCGCAGGAAAAGCAAACUACAUCGAACAAUUCUGGUACGACUCUUAUUUGAACUUCGACAAUCCCGUGGUUCUUAAUCUAAAUCCCUUCUUCCUACUGGAGGAUGACCCCACCCCAGCACGAAACAAUCAAGUCACUCGAGCAGCUUCAUUAGUAGUCUCGGCACUCUCGUUCGUGCGUGCGGUGCGGAGAGAGGAGCUACCGCCAGACACUAUCCGAGGCCAACCCUUGUGUAUGUAUCAGUACUCCAGGCUAUUCGGUACGGCGCGAAUUCCCACCGAGAAUGGGUGCCAGAUCGGUCAGGAUCCUACUUCAAAGCAUAUUGUCGUCCUUUGCCACGGCCAAUUCUAUUGGUUCGAUGUUCUCGACGAUAAUAGCGAUCUAAUUAUGACCGAGAAAGACGUUGCUCUCAAUUUGCAAGUCAUCAUCGAAGAUGCCCAAGAGGUCCCAAUCCAAGAUGCUGCGAAGGGAGCCUUGGGCGUUUUGAGCACGGAGAAUCGAAAAGUAUGGUCGGGCCUACGCGAUGUUCUCCAUCGAGAAGAAGGAUCCAACAACUCCGAUUCGCUCAACAUUGUCGACUCUGCCCUGUUCAUCCUCUGCCUAGAUUACACGGAACCAGCAACCGGUGCCGAUCUGUGCAUGAACAUGCUCUGUGGUUCCAGCAAGAUUGAACGCGGAGUGCAGGUCGGUACUUGCACCAAUCGCUGGUACGAUAAGCUACAGAUCAUUGUAUGCAAGAACGGUAGCGCUGGAAUUAACUUCGAACACACCGGCGUUGAUGGUCAUACUGUUCUUCGAUUCGCCUCGGAUGUAUACACAGACACCAUUCUCCGCUUUGCGAGGACAAUCAAUGGCAAUGCACCCAGUCUCUGGGCAUCAACAAGCCCGGACCCGGCGAAACGUGACCCAGAGAGCUUCGGAGAUGUGCAGACCACGCCACACAAAUUGGAAUGGGACAUGGUACCUGAACUCAGCACCGCCUUGCGCUUCGCCGAAACCAGACUGGCAGACUUGAUCCAGCAAAAUGAAUUUGCAACUUUGGAGUUUCCCCAUUACGGCAAGAAUUUCAUGACGUCAAUGGGCUUUUCACCCGAUGCUUUCGUUCAAAUGGCGUUCCAGGCAGCAUACUAUGGCCUCUAUGGUCGCAUGGAAUGCGUGUACGAGCCAGCCAUGACCAAAAUAUUCUACCACGGACGAACGGAAGCUAUUCGAUCCGUAACAGAAGAGUCUGUCGACUUUGUGAAGACAUUUUGGGGCGAGAAUCCAGCUGCUGCAAAGGUUGAUGCUCUACGAAAGGCGUGUCAAAAGCAUACCGAAAACACGAAGGUUUGCGCAAAGGCCCAAGGCCCCGACCGGCAUCUCUAUGCGCUGUAUUGUAUCUGGCAACGCGCCAUCGAUGAGGAGGGUGCAGAACUAGCUAGCAGCGACGGCUACGACUCGACCCGUCCUUCUAGUCCAGAGGCGGUGAAUUCACCCAAACGUAACUCGAUCAUAUCAGAGAACGGUUCGAUCUCGAGCUCUCCGCCUGCCCCAGUGCAGCAUACUAUGCCCUCCAUGUUCGCAGACGCUGGGUGGGACAAGCUUAACACAACCAUUCUAUCCACCUCGAAUUGUGGAAACCCAUCUCUCCGCCAAUUUGGAUUUGGGCCAACCUCUGGAGACGGAUUUGGUAUCGGUUACAUUAUCAAGGAUGGUAGUAUCUCCAUAUGCGCAUCCUCGAAGCAUCGACAAACCUCGCGCUUCAUCGAUGCCCUCGAAUCGUACUUCCUCGAAAUUCGAAAACUUCUUCGACAGCUCAAACGGCGUGGUACAUCUGCCGACAAGACUGCAAGCCGUGCCCGCGAGGCCGAGGACCGGCCAAAGGGAGCUCGUCUCAAGAGCCGCGGUCGAAUCAUACUCGCAGACGGAAAGGCUCAGCCUCCCUCAGAAGGAAGUGUGGCCGACUCUGACGAUGAUGGCCUUGGUGGAUGUAGGGCACCCCCUUCCCCUCCUGAUUUCACGCUUGAUGGCAUGGUCGCAAAGAUUACUUUGCGUCCUGCCCUGCCCCCUACCCCUCCCCAGUCUCCCCCCUUCCGAGCCAUGCAGACCUUGCACACGAGUUCCCAUCGCCGUCGCGCGCCCAUUCGGACCGUGCAGGUGAGGAAGAACUCGCGGCAGCUGCCGAAGCCGCUGUAUCCCAAUGUGUUCCCUGAAACGGUGGCGUCUGUAUCCUCAUAG